AUGUUCACCGGGUUUUUCAGCAAGUCGUCAAUCUAUGCCCUUGAAUUUGAUGAUUCGGCUGGCAGCUUGGUUCUGCUUGCCAACAACACCGUCUCUUCCUCCGACCCGAAGUGGAUAGCUCUUGAUGCGCAAAAGCGGAAUAUAUAUGCAACCACCACUGGUGGAUUCCACAGCUAUUCGCUAAACCGGACGGAUUUCAGUCUCAACUUGGAGAGUGCGAUCAGCAACCCCAAUGAAUCUUGCUCCAACUCCAACUUCAUCACGGCAUCACAUGUCGAGCCGUAUCCGGUUUAUGGCGUCCCGUACACCACUGGCUGUGAUGCGCUUGCCAUGCAUGUUGACGACUCGGGUUCCAUCUCAGGGAUCUUCGGAAAUCUGACAUACAAUGCUGAUUGUGGAAUCCAUGGAUUGGCCCUCAGUGCCGACGGUAACUUUGUGUACUCUGCUGCAGAUGCUGGCAAUGCUGUCUGGGCCCACGGCGUAGAUGCACAUGCUGACACAGUUACGGAGUUGCAGUACAUUGCUGCGCCGUCCAGCAGUAAUCCCCGACACCUAGCGGUGCAUCCCAAUAGCGCCUUUGUCUUCGUGGUUUAUGAAGAGGCGUGCCAGCUUGCGGUUUUCCGCCGCGACGAACUGACCGGCACACUGCUUGAUACCAACAUCACUUAUCCUCUCAUCCCGGCAAGUUUUACCAACACGAGCAGUUAUUGGGCUGAUGAGGUGACGAUACUGGAUACAACUGUGACCCCUCGGUAUCUGAUUGCUGCUACUCGCUCUCACGACGAAACCAAGAAGGGCUAUGUCACAGCAUUCUCUUUGGACCCUGAGACUGGCGCUAUUGUCGAGCAGCUUUUCAUCACCGAGACGACUGGCUCGGGUGGAAAUGCCAAUUCCGUUUCUGUUGCCACGUAUAACGAGGACUACUUUGCUAUAACAGAUUCCGGUGAUGAUUUCAUCGAAGUCUGGCGCAUCGACGGGGCUUCUGCAUCACCAGUUGCCCAUCUGGAUCUUGAUGGCCAACCCGCUAAUGUCGUAUGGUUCAACUGA